AUGAAUUCUGCCAUUGACAGCGAGGCGACCUUCACGGCCCGGGCCCUCGAGCUUGGCAUGGAGAAGGGCUUCUUAGACUUGUUGAUCAAGGCCAAUGUGAAGUCCCUGGGUGCGCUGGCUUUCGUCAGCCCGUACCAGAUCGGCCAAGCUGAUGAGAAGCCCCUGAUUGAUGCUGUCCGGGAUCUCAUCCGGCGGGAUGUCACUACGCGGGAGCUCAUCCCGCUUCGACGCUUGUGGUUCGAGGCUAGCACAACCGUCAUGGGUGAGCUCAAGCAAAAGGUUGAGCGUCAGGACUCGGCUGAACCUAUUCGCCUGACCAUAGCCGAGAGGACCACGAGGCUGGAGGAGCAGAAGAAGCGUCUCGUGGGGGUUUGCAUCACGAGUGAGUCCGAACCGUCUCAUCGCCUCGUGGACCUUGUUUUCCAGCAGGGUGCUGAUCAGCAACUUUCUUGGAUCCCCUGGGAGCGUCUGACUAGCAGGGCUCAUGAGGUUACCCACUCUCGCAGUGACCUCGGGCUUCAAUUCGAUGCUGCUGGAAAUCUCCGCCUCACCAAGAAGAUGCAGGAGAGCUCCUGCACGCUUAGCGGGGAACUACAAAUCCGCCAGGCCCUUCAGAGGCGCGCUCUGGCGUACGACCUCGCUCGUUUGUGUGAUUUCUCGGCCAUGGAGUUGUACCACGAGGAGCUCUUCUUCUUGCUGACUCGAAGCCCCCCGCAGGGCUGUCUCUACGUCACCAUGGCCCAGGUCCGCGAGUCCGACAAACAGCUUUUCGUCCGGCUAGCUGAGAAGACUCGUGGUGCUUUGACUGCUCGCCCAGAUGGCUCUAAGCCUUUGCAGGUGCAGCUCGAGGCCCUAAAGAGCCACCCCCAGGUCCAGUUCUGCCUCAUCCCGGCUCCGAAAUCGGCCCGCUUCCAGCCCUACGAGCCGCCUGAGGGUCGCUCCGACCGUGCCGCUGGUGGCAAGAAGGGGCAGCCUCCCAAGGGCAAGGGGGCCCAGACCUCGGGUGGGGGUGGCAAAGGCACUUCGCUGACUUUGGCCCACCUUCUCCAGGUCUUCCACUCUUUGCCGGGUGAGGAGGCCCCUCGCAGCGGCUCCACCGAUCAGAGCCGUGUUUUCCAGGCGGGGGCGUAUGUGCAUGGUGCGUUAACUGGUCUGCGUCGCUCGUGCUCCUUGUAUCCAGAGGCAAUUAGAACAUUUUGCUCUUUUAUUUGUGAAAAGACUCCUCCGGAGUUCGUGUUUAGCAACAUUGCAAUUUUCCAGAACCUGCGUACUGAGCUGCAUCGGGAUAAGAAUAAUUUAAGGGCUACUUUGAACUUCGCGGUGGCCAUUUCGGCCUUCGAAGGGGGCCAAGUUUGGAUUCAGGCUGAUCCCGCAUCCUCGAAGUCGGGCAUUUUGCUCGAUGUGACGGCCCAGGGCGUCUACUUCAACGCCCGUGAGCGCCUUCAUUGCACAUGUCCAUGGACCGGCUCACGCGUGGUCGUCGUUGCCUUCAGCCUGCGUGGCUCCGAUUGCCUGCCCAAAGCAGAAGCCUUGACCCUUAGUUCUUUGGGGUUUAGGGUCCCUUCCCCUGGCGUUGACAACAGUCACUUGGAGUCCUCUGGCCGCCCCUGCUCCGAGCCGCCAACUGAGGUGCCGCCUCCCUUUCGGUUUAGGCCCCCUCCCCCGGGUAUAGUCCCCAUGUGCACCCCCGCUGAGACCUCUUGGUCCGCGGGCUCCUCAGCAGCCACACCCGCGCCCUCGAGCUCCUCCCCUCCGUGCACCCCCGCUGCGGCCUGCUUGCCCGCGGGCCCCGACCCACGCGGCGUUGCCGCCUUCCCUCCGGAGCCGCCUGGGGGCAACUUGGCAGCUCCGACGUUUGUUGAGCUGUUUGCUGGUUGCGCUCGUCUCAGCUCUACUUUCGCAGCCGCUGGUGUGCCCGCGUUGGCGGUGGACGGCCCCCGAAAUCAGCACAGGCCUUUGCAUCCUGUCUGGACGCUCGACCUCACCGUGCCCCUUUGUCAGCGCCUUUUGCGUGAGCGCCUUCUCUCUGGGCGCCUUUUGGGCAUUCACCUUGGCCUCCCGUGCGGAACUGGCAGCCGCGCUCGAGAGAUCAAGCUCCCAGCUCAUCUUUUGCGAUCCGGCGCACCGCAGCCUCGCCCCUUGCGCGAUGCUACAUACUUGCUGGGCCUUCCCGGCCUUUCCUCUGCCGAGCAAGCCAAAGUUGACGCGGCAAAUGAACUCUGCCGCUUCGUUGUUUCCCUGCUGCUGGACGCAUAUGCCAAAGGCUGGACCGUGACCAUAGAGAAUCCGGUGAACUCCUGGAUGUGGAGUGUUCUCGCCUUGUUUGUUCGGCGCACCGGGAAGCGUGCUUUUCAGAGCUGGUAUGCCAGCUUGUUCCAUGUUGACUUUGACCAGUGUAUGUGGGGUGGCCAUCGAAAAAAGGCUUCUCGCUUUCUCACCUCCGCAUCUGAACUGAGAGGGCUCGUGGCUCCCUGUGACGGUCGGCACACACAUGCACCCUUUCAGAUCUACCGCAAGGCGGGGGGCUGGCAGUUUGAGACCGCUCUGGAGGCCGAGUAUCCCGCUGAGUUGUGCUUGCAGUAUGUCUCUCUUCUUGGGGCCCGCCUGAGCCUGCCUGCGCCAGCCCCCAGGCGGCCUCUACUCCGCCAGCCCCGCCGCCGUCCUCCGCUGGUGCCCGAGUACAAGUUUUUCACUCAUGUUCGCCCCCUUGAGGGUGAGUUUCGCGAGCUCUCUUCUGAGGGGGGAGGAGACGGGAGCCGCUCAACUUUUGCAGUCCUGCAUACCAAGCAGGAGUUUGUGGCCAAGGCCUGUCAGGUACCGCACCCCUUUGAUGCAUCUGACUCCAUAGACGACCAGGUCAAGAGGAACAUUUUUGAACUGUUCACUGGUGGCUUCAUGCCUUCGGCCAGGAAGAGGCUGUCUAUGCAGAAACGUCUGGCCGCCAUGAAAAAGGAGCUGGCGGUGGAGGAGCGGCGCUACCAGGCUUCACUUCCUCCACACGCCCAGGCGGUCCUAAAGGGCAAGAACAUCCUUCUUUGGCGCAAGCUGCUCGUGGAGACAGGCUUCCCCGACCUGGACGCCCAGGAGCUCAUGGAGGGGGUCCCCUUGAUAGGAAGGCCAACGAAGUCGCCGCUCUACGACUGGAAAGAGAUCCCCGCAACUUGCACUAGGGAGGACCUCCUCGCUUCCUCAGUUUGGCGGAACAAGAUGCUUUCGGGGAAAGGGGCUGUGGGAGAUGAUGCUGAUCUCCUGCACAAGGUCUGGCUGGCCACUGAGAAGGAGGUGGAGAAAGGCUACCUCAUUGGACCCUACGAGUCCCUCGAAGACGUCAAGGCAACCCUGGGCGCAGAAGAGGUUUGCUGCAGCAGGCGUUUUGGUGUUCGCCAGGGCUCCGGGGAUUCUGAGAAAUGCAGGCCCAUAGAUGACUACAAAGAGAGCGGGGUUAACACGGCCUACCAUGCCGUGGACCUACUUCAGUUGCAUGACGUCGACUACCUAGUCAACCUCUGCUGUUUCGUGGCGAACGCUGCUCACGACGACGGCUUCACCAGGGUAGGGCUGUCGGAUGGCUCGACGCUCGUGGGGCGUACACAUGGUGAUCUUCUGGGGGGGGUCAAGUGGCUGGGGCGUUGCUUGGACCUGGAAAAGGCCUAUAAGCAGAUCCCGGUUAUGGCCAAAGACCUCGUCUUCGCAGUCUUGAUGGUUUGGGAACCUGGGUCGGGCUCGUGGAAAUACUUCAUCUCCAGGAGCCUCCCCUUCGGAUGCUGCGCGGCGGUUUACGGUUUCAAUAGGGUUUCUAGGUCGUUGCUGCACCUGGCCCUGCAUCUCGCCGGCAUGAUCGGCGGGGUCUAUUUUGACGACUUCCCUUUGCUUGAGCCGGCCCCCACUGCAAGGAUGGGCUCCCUCGCCAUCGAGUGCCUUCUGGACGCCCUGGGUUGGUCGUACGCAGUGGGUGAUGACAAGGGCCGCCCCUUUGAAGAGACCUUUGACCUGCUUGGCAAGCGACUCAGUGUUGGGGAGCUUCUCGCUGGUCAGGUGGCCUUGGCAAACAAGCCUAGCCGCGUUGAGAAGAUCCGAGCCCAGGCUUCAAGGAUGGCAUCCUCAGGCUGCGUCACUCGCAGGGAAGCAGCCUCCCUGCACGGCCAACUGAACUUCAUGGUGGGCUUCGCGGCUGGACGAGCCAUGAAGAUAGCCUGCAGGGCCCUGGCCAACAUCUGCUACAUGAACCGCUCUCCCUCCGUGGAAGAGGUGAAAUCGCUGGGGCGCUUCAUCCUGAAGACACUCUCUGAUGCACGUCCGAGGACCUUCUCACUCCGGGCGCAGGGGAGCCCGGUCUCCAUCUUCACUGACGCGUCCUACGAGAAAGGCGUCGCCCGCUGGGGGAUAGUUCUGCUGGACCAGAGCUCCAAUAGAAGAUGGGUGGCAGCGGGCGAGAUCCCGCCCAAGCUUGUGGACUUCUGGCUGGCAGAGGGCAUCGAGCAGGUCAUCUCUCAGGCGGAGGCCUACGCGCUGGUUCUCUCGAGGCGGACCUGCGCCUCGGAACUGGCCGGGAAGAGGUGCAUCUUUUACGUGGACAAUGACGCCGCCAGGUACACUUGCAUUAAGGCCAGCAGCCCCUCUCGUUCUCUACUGAACUUGGCAUGCCUCUUCUACGCCAGCGAGUCGGCUGACGGCAUCGUGUCUUGGAUUGAGCGCGUUCCUUCUGCAAGCAACGUGGCCGACCUCCCUAGCAGGGGGGAAGCUGCGUUGGCAGCGCAGAUGAUUGGAGGUCAGGUCGUCGACUUCUCUCAGGCUGCGCAGCUUCUAGCAGAUGAGUGCAUGGACCUGAGCGACCUUCCCUGGGACCUCCUCUCGUCCUCGAGCGGAAACCUUUGGCCGUUCUUUAGCGAACUCUUGAGCACAUUUGUCAAUUUUUUCCCACCCACCCACCCGGGGGGAGAUGACGGGUCCGUUGAGGGCAGUGAGUACAAUCUCCGUAUGGUGUUUCAGCCCACCCUGGACACCUCGCUUUACUGCCAUGUGGGCCGCGCGUGGCGUGCCUGGCUCCUUGACCUAUCAGCGAUGGCCUUUCGCUGUCUCCGGGCCAUCGGAGGCAGCUGGACGGAGCGCCUGCACUCCCAGCCUGAAUCUGCUGCAACAGCUGCUGCCUGGGUGGAGCAGCAGCCACACCCUGCAUCUGUCCGCCUAUGCCCCCUGUGCCGGGAUGGUCCGGGCACAUGUGCAGCCAUGGCUCCUUUGGUGGACCUCCUUCGUGACGCGCUUGAGGCCGAUCUGUUCCAGCAAGCCGCCACGGAAGCGCUCUUACAGGCUGCCGCUGACUGGCAAGGGACUUUGCCACGUGACCGCGUGCAAAGUCCCCCCCCUCUAUCCUCUCAGAAUCUUGGCCGCUGCUCUCUGCCUGGCGCUGGCUGGUUCCCAUUCCCGACCGGGAAUGCUUGUGUAUUGUAUCUGGUCAUUCCAGGCUCAUUGUCUCCUGCUGGGCGUGCGGCGGCCCGGACUUCCCCCACCAUUCUGGUGCGAUGCAGCCUUGCCCCUGGUGCAAGUCCCUGGUUGGAGACCCUUGCGCCUCCUGCCACACAGUCCUCCAUUGUCGCGGACGCUGCCGCUGAAACUCUGGCGCAUGCUGCUUAUGUCUCUCAGGCUCCAGGUGUCCCCACGCUGUGCCCCGACUGCUGGUGGGAAUGGGUUAAGCAGCUGGCCUCCAACCCGCGCUGGCGCAGGCGCCCUAUCCCUCUCUCCGAGCCUCUCCACGCGCACCUCCGCACGGCGGCGUCACAGUGCUGCCCAGGUGCCGGCUCUCAGCAGGGUCCCUUGCCCCUGCCCGGACUCCGCCGAGUCCGCCGGUGGCUCCUCAGCAACAUCCGCCACUCCGGUGGCUCCGACAUGGCGCAGUUGAAGAGCCACGCGGGCCAUGCAAGCUCAGAGCUGGUGCAGAUUUUAUGCAAUUUUGCGCUGAUGCUGGAAAGGAGUUUGGGCAUGACAGUUGCAGGCCUCAGAUUCCGAAACAAAGCGUAUUCUUCAACGCCCAGUGUCACAAAGAAUGGAGUGUUCAUUUUCGACGGAAACCCUGCUGACUACCAUGAAUGGGAGUUCAGAACCGAGCUACGCAUUGCGGCGCAUGAGCAGCAGGAGAAGCGCCGAAAGAAGAAGGAGAAGAGAGAGAAGAAAGACACUUCGUUUUCGUCAGGCGGUCCUGAGCAAGGAAGAGAGGAGAGAACACCUCAGGCGGAAGCGAGUGCUCCAGCCGAAGGUGGUGUAGCCGGGAGACCGGCAGCUGCGUCAGGGAGACCCACCAUUCCUGUCCCUGACUCGCCAGCGGCCAGUGUGGUUGCGCACGAGAGCAGCUCAGACGGGGAUGAUGGGGCUGUGGACACUGUCCUUCGCGUCAUGGAGGGUCUCAGAGGAGACGCCUUCCAAAAGGCUAAGGACAUUGGAAUCGCGACCCUGUCAGGACCCGGUGGGCUAAGGACCCUGAUCUCCGAGAUCAAGGCAAUGGUCUUCCCGCUAGGAACUUUGGAGGCCCAGGCCUUGUUUCGCAGUGGGCAAGCCAUUCGAGGUCCUUUGAGUCGUCAGGACGGGGAAUCAGUUGUUUCCUAUAUAGGAAGGAGACGCAGAUGGUGGACCUUGAUGACGCAGCUCGAUCCGAGGAUAUCUCUGUCGGAUAGUUUGAGAGCAGAAUUGUUGCUCGAGUUGAGCGGGUUGUCACGUGAUCAGCAGUUGAUGGUGAAGGCUUGUUCAGGCGGUGCCCAUGAUUUUGAGACAUACGCAAAGAUCAUGACCGAGCAUCAUGGGUUGAUUCACUUGCGGGGGAACAAACUACUUGAUUCAACACCCCUUCGAAGCCCUGGUUUCGAUAGAGAUACCCGCAGAUGGCAGUCGAAGGGAUCAGGCAAGUUUGGGAGCCGUUCACCAGGGUCAGUGACAACCGCUUAUGUGAGUGAUGUCAUUGAUUCAGCCUAUGUAUCGCAAGAACAUAGGGCAGAUGAUCAUUAUGCUGAUGAGUGGUACCAAGAUGAGGUACAGGAAGAUGCCGAAGAUGUGGGGUGGAACGCUUGGACUGAUCAGCCAGGUGGUUCACCAGGAUAUGCUCCUUCCGAGGAGGACGUGAUCGUUUCCGACAGCGAGGUUGCCGUCGCCUUGAAUGCGAUGGAGGACUGCGACUACGAGAGCUUUCCCGAGGCCACGGGCGAAGCGAUUCAGUUGCAGUGUGCGGCUCAUGUUGCAUUGGGCAAGGCAGGUAAGGGUAAAGGAUCAUCCGGUGGCAAGGGAAAAGGAUUUCCGGUAGUGCGCAGUCGCUUGCAAUUGUCAGUUGAAGAGAGGAAAGAGAAGCUCAGGGAACUCAAGGCUAAGAGCCGUUGCCUGCGAUGUGGGCAAACAGGACAUUGGAGCGGGGAUCCUCAAUGCCCCAAAGGUCGAUCUUCACAGUCCGGUUCGGAUGGCAAGGGCAAGUCCAAGGGAGAUUCCAAGGGAUCGAAGUCGGGAACAAAGCAAGCUUUCAUGGCAGUUCCAGUGACUCGUGAGAGCGAGGAUGACAUGGAGUGUGUGUACAUUGACAGCGGCCCCUCAGAAGGUAGCCCUAAAGCGUACAUGGCCUAUCGCAGGGAAGGCGCUCGAGCUUCAAGGACAGCCAGGAAUGCCGCUCGAGACACGAUGCCUCCCGGUGGGGACCGUGUCUUCACUGUUGGCCAGCAUCGUGGGCUUAGUUUCGAGGAGGUUCUUCAUCGCUACACUGCAUAUGUCAUCUGGGGACGUUCCUUGAAAUCGGCGGGAUCUCGGGAUUUGGCGGCAUUUCUGAAUUGGGUUCAGAAUUACUACAUCGUGAAUGAGGAAAGCAUGGAGGUAAUGAGGCGAGACAUCCCUCUAGAUGAGGUGCCGCAAAUGCCUGGAGCGCAAGCCCAGCAGAGUGUUGCGGUGCCAGCAGCAUCCUCCCAUGUGACAGCCAAAAGCAAGCCCCCAAAUCCCCCUUUGCCUGUGAGUUGUCAGACAUGCACCAACUUUUCGUACGUGGGGACAAAUGCCUACGUGACAGUGAAGACCUGCAGGGUGUGUGGAAAGGUGUUUAAGGAGAAGAAGACCUUCGAGAAGAAGGACCCCACAUUGUGCAGGCAUGCAAACACCAGUAGACUGGGCUCGAACAAGGCCAUCAUGAAGACUUUCUGUAAGGAUUGUGGUCAUGUGAUAGAUGAAAUGCCCCAAGCAGAAGCCCGAAUCAGGCGUCAGGCUGCGCAGGAACUUGAGACUGCGACUUCGGCUUCGUUUGAUCUCAUCUCGAACAUCUCUAGGAAUGUGCUCGAUGAGGCAAGCCUGGAUGCAACGCAGACCAUGACAUUGUUGGAUGAGUUCAGGUCCCAAGUUGAAGAUUGUCUAGUGGCCCAGAAUGUCGAGGGUAUUGACGACCCAAGGAUUUCCCCGAAGGACUUACAUGAGAUCCUCAAUGAUAUCGUGGAAGCAGCAGUGGUAUCUCAGGAAUCUCCGUCAUCCGUCAGAGCGUCGCCUGGCGAGAUGUCGAGAGCUGCACCGCAACGGGCAGCUGGCUCCGGAUCGCAAGACCGGAGAAGGACAGAUGGGGAAAGCGCAGCGUACAUGUCCAUGAAGACCAACUCCCUAUCCUCGGUGGUUCCGUUGACCCUUGCGGAAGUGGAUAUUUACGAUCAUGAGGAUAUUUGGGGUGUCUUGGAUGAUGGUGCGAAUAGCUCAGUUUGCGGGGAGAGAUGGUGUGACAACGCCCAGAUGAAACUGGCCAAACUGGGUUUCGAAUUCCCCUGGUUGAGCCAAGAAGGCAUUCAGUUCAGAGGACUUGGUGGGAUGACUAAGACCUUGGGCGAUCGACGUCUGUGCUUCUGCAUUCAAUGCGAGUAUCAGGGUGAGAAGGAGGAUGGUAAGGACCCGCUAGUCCCCGGUAUCCUUGAUUGCCACGUGACCUCUGGGAGCGAAACGCCCCUACUUCUAUCCUUAUUCGCGCAGAGCACCCUGGGUUUGUUGAAGGACAUGAAGUCGUUCACCUGCUUGAUACAGAGGAACAAUGGAGAACUGUGGAGGUUGCCCCUGUUCAGGGUUAAAGGGAGCAAUUUGCUUGCAGUGAACCUCUCCUCCGGUAUCCGCCUUCUGGAUCGAAUACCUCGUCCGCUUCGACCUUACAGAGCGCCGUUGGAGAGGAAGAUUCGUAAGGGUGAAGGGCACGAAGGUUUGACAUCCAAGGACUUAGAUCCCCAGAAGCAGAACACAGAUUCCCAGAAGCAGGACACAGAUUCCCAGAAGCAGAACACAGAUUCCCAGAAGCAGGACACAGAUUCCCAGAAGCAGGACACAGAUCCCCAGAAGCAUCCCGAUGAGCGUAAGAAGCAUCCUCAAAGGAUUAAGGACAAAGGCGCACACACCUCAGUCACAGAUUCGGGUGGAAACCACCAGGGUAACAUUCAGGCCAACGUGGCAAGCAGUGAUCCUCGGUCUAGCAAGCAGAUGCCGAGUGUCCACAUUGUCUCUACGGGGACUCGAUGGCGCCGCGAGGCCUCAUCUUAUAUCUACAGCCCUGGGCAGGAGUCUGCGAAGGCAUUGGCCGAGGCCCUGCACGGGCCCUUGACUGGGAGCACUGCGAUCUUGAUCUGCAAUUGUCUGGAUUUUUCUAACCCCGAGAUUCAGUCGGGUUCGUUGUCCUGGCUGAAGGGGCAUAUUGGCUCGCACCCUGGAAACCUGACCAAUCAAUGGGAGAAUCCUGAGUUCAGAGACAUGAUCUUCUACGUGCACCAGGCUGUUCGCGAGGCACCCGCGUCUUUGGAGCAGAUUAUCUGCAUUUGCAUUUGCACCCAGGGCCGACACAGGUCUGUGGCGAGCAGCGUAACUUUGGCACAGGCGCUCUCUGGAAAGUUCCGCACAACGAUCAGCCACGACGGAAUGUGCAACGGCUCUUGGGACAGUAUGGCGGGCAGAUGCCGCGGAUCCUGCGGGACAUGCGACCACAGCGCGCACGAAGCUCAGCUGGCGGUAGUUGAGCACAUGGAGAGAGUAGAGGAGUACCUCUCCUGGAAGGGUCGCAUCGACGCUCCGUCUUGCAUCCGCCAUUUUGAGAUCGCCGCGCGACCGUCGCUUGGAGCCGGCCCGAAGAGCAAGCCGAUGCCUAGGCCAGGAGCGGGACGCCCUAGGCCAUCUGCGAGUUCUGCCGCUGGGACGGUCGAUUUGACCGAGGCCGAGGAGGAGCCCAGUUCCAGCCGCAGGCCAGCGCGCAGAUUUUCUUUGGAGACCCGUGAUGAGCGUGGCGUAUCUGUUUUGGAGGCCCAGAAUAAGGCGCUGAUGCAACGAGUCGAGUCCCUGGGUCGCGAGGUUGGCACUCUGAGGAACGAGCUGCGCCGUCGCUCGAGGUCGAGGAGGCGAUCGCGGAGCAGGAGACGCUCUAGGUCCAGAGGCCGGGACAGGCGGACCAGAUCGAGAUCCCCGAUUGCACGGGCAGAGGAGCGGGCGCCCUCUAGGCAUACUUUUGCGAUUAGGACGAUGCCAACGCGCGGCGCGUCGGGCAAUGCUGCGAUUGCUACAGGGGGCCGAGUUCUUGACACCGAUUCCUGGCACGAGAUCCCGUAUGAGGACCUUCUUUUGGAUAAGCGCCCCGAACCAGGCUGUGAUUGGCGCGCUAUUACGCCGUACGACUGUUGGCCUCCGGGCAUGUUGGAUCAGCUGCGUCGUUUGGCCACUGAGUAUAUGCAACCUUGCGGGGGCAGGCACUUGAAGAGAGCCAAAGCUGCAACCUGGAUAGGACCAGGAGUUGGCAACGACUUUAGGGAGAACGCUCGUGUCGGCUUUAAACUGAUUGCAUAUGACGAGGUGGGGCAGCGGCCAAGCAAGUCUGCGCUGGAUCCAAGGUUUCCCGCUGGAUGGUGGGAGGCCGGCUGGGCCUAUCUUCCUCGGACGGGAUGGCGAUGGAUCGGCUAUGCGCACGCUGGAUCUACUCGUUUGACAACUGGCAUUGCUGGAGAUGCAGAGUUUGUUCUCGUCGCACAGUUCCCAUAUGAGGCUGAAAAGAGAGCGUAUGUGACGACAAGGAUCAUGACAAGGGAGCAGAUGGGUGUGUUCAAUAGGGAGUUGAGGACAUUGGAAGAGAUGGAUACAUUCACUGCAAUGGUAGCUGGAGUGCAAACCCAGCGGGAAGACUCAACCUCGUUGAUCAAAGCCCCGAAGUGCACCUUCUUGAUCCAUGACAAUGCCCCAGUAGAUCUCCCCGGCAUAUCUGAACACUCAGCGAAGGACUUCAAGUGGAAUCGGUUCACCCACGAGGUGAACGAGUUCAGGCCGGGCCUGGUUUUGUACAAAUCAGGGGAUCCCAACUCGAAUCUGUGCAUCAACCUGUUUUGUGAAGCCGAUGCUUCCGAUAUCAAUGUAUGUGUGCUUGCACCGUUGGGCAAGCUGAGUGCAGAUGACAUUGGGGCUGAGGUGGUUGAAACGGCCGGUGAUGCAUGCAUUGCUUGUGUUGGACCGUUGGCCAGCCGCAUUGUUGAGAGCUUGAGCUCAUGGUGUGAAGGAACAGGAUACACCCCGAAGGCCUUCUGUGACAUGAAUGGAAGCAGCUUCUUCAACGCGAUAAUGUCCAUCGGUGAGGAGGCUUACCUUGAUGCGAUGAGCACAGCUUAUGUAGCAGGGGCAGGGGUAGAUACGGAUGCUGAGGGUUUGGGAGCUUCGGAUGAAGAGCUAGGAGGAGAUGGCGAUGUAGCGCCCCACGAUCCCGAACAGCAGCACCCAGAUCCUGAAAACCAGGAGCCAGAGCUAAGCCCUGCAGAUCGCGAACGAGUGUGGUUGGAAUCCUUGCCACUCCCAGGCACUCCGCAAACAGAGGCCAAGCGAAGGGAGGCCUGGAGGCGUUUGCCCCAGCGCGUUCGCGUGGCACUUCGUCGCUUGCAUAGGUCCUUCAACCACCCCACUCCUAGGACGUUGCAGGCCAUCCUGAGAGCAGGAGGAGCAGCCAAGGAGUUCAUCGAAGCGGCCAAGCUCAUCAAGUGCGAAAGCUGUGAGCGCACGAGCCCCAAGCCCAGGUCACACCCUGUGGGGGUUGGCCACGGGAACUACGUGUUCGGGGACACGGUAGGAGUGGAUGUCCUAGAGACGACAGACUCAAACCGUCGCCGAUAUCAGUGUUUCAACGUGGUAGACCUAGCAACGGGCUUCCAACAGAUCGAGUUGCUGAGGGAAGUCACCAAGGACAGUCAAGGACCUCCUCCGUCAGAGAUGUGUCUUGAAGCGUUCCAGAGGUGGAUUACUUGGGCGGGCCUCCCGCGGACCGUGAUGCUGGACAGAGGUACUCAUAACAGAGGAGCCUUUGUGAGCUAUCUCACGGAGAAGGGGGUGGACAUCAGGUUCGCCGCAACCGAGUCGCCCCACAUGCUCGGUAAAACCGAGAGGCACGGAGGGCUCGCGAAGGCGGUCAUCCGAAAGACCGUGGCAGGCGUGAGCACCGUUGGGCCUGAGGCGAUGAGGAGUGUGAUCCAGGAAGUCGUCGCCGUCAAGAACAUGUCCAUGAACGUGUCGGGUUUUUCGCCUAGUCAGUGGGUGUUAGGUCGCAACCCGAGGGAACCCGGCACGCUCACCGACGAGGACACCUGGAACGACAUCGGCGCCAUGGAGGGCAAGUUCAGCGGUGCCGAGGCCUUUGCUCUAAGACAGAAAAGCCGCAUCGAAGCAAAGAAAGCAAUGGUGAAACUGGACACCAGCCGUAGGAUCCAGAAAGCGCUAACAAAGAAUGCGGUACCGAUCAAGGAAGAGUACAACACCGGUGACUAUGUCGUGUAUCGGAGAGACGCCCAAGCGGGCGGCACGAAAUGGAGCACGACAUCCAGGGUAAUCGGUAGAGAAAGCGCAGAAGCGAUAUGGGUGGUGAACGGAGGGGUCCCAGUCCUUUGCUCGACUCACUCGCUGAGGCCGGCAUCUGAGGAGGAAGUGCUGGCGCAUUGCCUUCUUAACGGGAUACCUGUUCUACCUGAGACGCUUACAGAGGGUCCUAAGAAGAGAAAGAAGGGAUACGUAGAUGCGAGAGAAGAAGAAGAAAAGCCGGAAAGGAAAUCGAGCAAGCCGAGCGCAUCAGCUAGGAAGAGAAAGCAGGAAGAAAUCGAACCUCCUGAAGCCCCAAGCUCGAGCUCAAGUUCAAGCAGCUCAUCUGAUGAGGAGGACCAGCGCCCGAGCAGAGAUGUACAGGCCAGUCAGGAAAAUGAGGCGGACGUCGUACAAGGCACGAUGAACAUCAUCGACUCGGAGCAGGACGCCAUGGACGCAUUGGAGGCAGGUGAUUUUCGCCCAGCAACGUGUUUAAGGCUCCUAAAUGAGGCACCCUUAGUGAGAAAAGGAAAACGUGGAGCUGUGAGAGAUGGACGCGCCUACAGCUUCGGAGUGUAUGCACAUGGCGGGUUCACGGGGGUCACCGAGUCGACGAAACGACAUCCGAACUUGGUCAGUUACCUGAAUGGCUACAUGAAGGCGAAGGGUGCAUCAGGCAUGUGGUCAUCGCUCCAGAUUGGUAGGGACCUAAAGGCUUUGCCCCACAAGGACUCAAACAACCUGAAAGGCAGCGUGAACCAGAUCACGACAUUGGGAAAUCACGCAGGUGGCCAAUUGUGGCUGCAAAAUCAGGACGGAGACGUGAUGAUGAAUGGAGUUCCAGGCCGUGUCUUGGAGUGCCAUAACAGGAUAGCGUCUUUCGAUCCCAAUGAAGUCCACGCUACCUUGCCUUUCGAUGGAGAACGAUGGUCAAUCAGCGCAUUCACAAGUAGGGGAAUCAUGAAUCUUGGGGAUCGGGAGCGGGACAUGCUGAGAGAGUUGGGUUUCGGCAUCGAAAAUGACUGCGUUCCCGUGUCGUGUCUAGGAAGUGUUGAGGAACCACCCAAUGACGUGAAAAAGGAAGAGACCUCGAGAGAAUCGCCUGAACGUAUGGCAGAUCUGAUGGGUGUAUGCGGAGACGAGGACCACUGGAAGGUUGGUCGGAAUGUGUGCUUCAGAGUACAUGUGAAGCCCCGCCGCUUGAUGUUUGACCCCAAGGAAAAUGAUUUCCCAGGUGACCUCGGCAAGAUUGGCUACUCUAGGGAAACCCAUAGGUACUUCGAGGACGGCACGAACGAUGUCGUGCAUGACGAGUGGGGAAUGAUCCAAGAAGCAAAUGGAGCAACGAACUUGGCGUGGACCGGUUUCAGCUUGUUUCGUGUCCGGAGCGAAAGCCCGGUUGAUCUAUCGAGUUUGCCCGAGGUGAAGAUGGAUGAUCCGGAGUUCCGAGCCUUCAUGGCGGAAAGGUUUGGUAUGGAGGUGGAAGCUCAAGCGGGCAAGAAACCCCGGAAGAUAAACGUGUUCAAGUGUGAAGACCACGUUAAGGAGGGGAUCAAAGGUUCGCGCCGAGAUGAGUGGAACAAAUAUCAAAAGUAUAACGCCGCGAUACCCAUCCGAGGAGAGAUGUUGCGACAACUCCUCGAUGAGGGUCACAAACCCAUACCGUCACAAUGGAUUGAUGUUGACAAACACGAACAUCAAAAGGGGAGUGCAGAUUAUUCCCCGAAAUAUCGCAGUCGCCUAGUGGCAUGCGGUCAUCUUGAGGCAGUAGGAAGGGACGAGCUGCGGUGCGACAGCCCGACAGCAGAUUCCGAAGUGCACUGUCUCAUCGCGAGCUAUGCAGCAUCGCGGUGCCUCAAGUUGUAUUGUGGCGACAUUUCGAGUGCAUACUUUCAAUCCUCGCCUUUGGAGCGCGUGCUGUUGAUGAGGCAGCCAACAGGUGGACUACCCGAUGUGCCCGAGGAUGCCAUGCUUCUAUGCAGGCUCCCGAUCUACGGGACCAUUGACGCGGGGCGCGGGUUCUACAACAGAUUGAGCUCGGAAGCGAAGACGGAAGGAUUGACAGUGAGCAAGAUCGCUCCGGGUCUCUACUACCUGUUGGGCACUGAUAACUUGCCGGCCAUCAUCCUCGCAACGCACGUGGACGAUCUACUAUGGUGCGCAACGCCCGAAGGAAGCGACACCAUGGAACGAAUCCUGGCGAAGUUUGACGUAGGAAAGAUAGAGCACUCAGAUUUCAGGUUUUGCGGUCGAAGAUUCCGGCAAGGUGAAGACUACAGUGUGCGUAUAGAUGCAGAGGACAACACGAGACAGAUCAGGAAGAUUGUGAUCCCGGCAGGGCGCAAGGCAAGUGAUCACGCGACCGAGGCAGAAGUGACAAGCCUCAGGAGCGUGGUAGGAUCCUUAGCUUGGGUAGCGCGUUUUGCCAGACCAGACCUUUGCUACAAGGUGAACUGUUUGCAACGGGCCUGCUCAACCGCGACAGUGGCUGAUCUCAAAGAGGCCAACCGCGUUGUGGAAUUGGCGCAAGCAGAUCAAGGAAGAUCGUUGUACUACCCAGCCGGAGCGUUGAAUUGGAGUGAUCUCUGCAUUGUAACGUUCUCAGACGCUUCAUUCGCACAGGAACCAGGUUUCCGAAGUCAACAGGGCAGGCUGCACUACUUGACGGCAGAGAGUGCGUCCGACGGCAAUGACCACGUCGCUCAUGUCUUGAGUUUCGGAUCGACAACGAUCAAGCGGGUGUGUCGCAGUACUUUGGCAUCGGAGACUUUUGCCAUGCAGACGGCAGUGGAGAACGGUGACCGUUUGAGAGCAAUCAUCUGUGAGUUACGCGGACAGUUGCCAAGCCUGAAGGGAUGGCUAGAAGAGACUCAGAGGCAGAUGAAGCACUUAUGGGUCACGGAUUGUCGAAGUUUGAGCGACCACCUCAACAGCCAGCAAGUGAACAAGGUGUCGGACAAGCGACUCAUGAUCGAACUUACUGCAAUGAGGCAACAACUUUGGGAUGGUGAGACAGCGACAUGGCAGUUGUACAGUCCACAUGGAGACAGGCUUCGCUGGACGGAUACUGCAACCCAGAUCGCCGAUGCCCUCACCAAGUCGAUGAAACCGCAUCAGCUAUUUCGCUUGAUGGAAGAAGCGAGUGUGCAGCUAUCAGAUCCCGAUCGCAAGCUCACCAAGAGUGAAAUCCAGAAGAUGACUACAAAUGAGUGA